GGCGGCUAGCGAACGUGGAAGUCCGACCUGCGAGCCGGUAGAGGUUCCGGGAAAGUGGGGCGCGUGGGCCGGCAACCGUGGUCUUCGCGGCGCGGCUUGGCCUUUCGCGGGAGGGAGCGAUGGGGCGCGCGGGCGCCGGGAAGUGGGCGCCGGUGUAGCCCUCGCGGCGCCUGGCCCGGAGCGCGGCGGAGGCGGGAGCGGCGAGGCCUGUGAGGGCCGCCGCCCCGAGCGCCCGGCCUCCCGCGCCAUGGCUCCCAUGGGCAUCCGCCUGUCCCCGCUGGGGGUGGCAGUGUUCUGCCUGCUGGGGCUCGGGGUGCUCUACCACCUCUAUUCCGGCUUCCUGGCCGGCCGCUUCAGUCUCUUUGGCCUGGGUGGCGAGCUGGGCGGCGGCGCGGCGGGGCCCGCGGCGGUGGCCGACGUGGGCACUGUGGACUUGCGCGAGAUGCUGGCGGUGUCGGUGCUAGCGGCAGUCCGCGGCGGCGACGAAGUGCGGCGCGUCCGCGAGAGCAACGUCCUCCAUGAGAAGUCCAAGGGGAAGACGCGCGAGGGAGCCGAAGACAAGAUGACCAGCGGCGAUGUGCUGUCCAACCGCAAGAUGUUCUACCUGCUCAAGACUGCCUUCCCCAGCGUGCAGAUAAAUACUGAGGAACAUGUGGAUGCAACUGAUAAGGAGGUUAUCUUAUGGGAUCAUAAGAUUCCUGAGGAUAUCCUGAAGGAAAUAACUACCCCAAAAGAGGUACCAGCAGAAAGUGUUACUGUCUGGAUUGACCCUCUUGAUGCCACACAGGAAUACACAGAGGAUCUUCGAAAGUACGUCACCACUAUGGUGUGUGUGGCUGUAAAUGGUAAACCUGUGCUAGGAGUUAUACAUAAGCCAUUUUCUGAAUAUACAGCUUGGGCAAUGGUAGAUGGUGGUUCAAAUGUGAAAGCCCGCUCUUCUUACAGUGAGAAGACCCCUAGGAUCAUUGUAUCUCGCUCACAUUCAGGGAUGGUCAAACAGGUUGCUCUUCAAACAUUUGGAAACCAGACUACAAUCAUCCCAGCUGGUGGUGCUGGUUACAAAGUUUUAGCACUCUUGGAUGUGCCUGAUAAGACUCAAGAAAAAGCUGAUCUAUAUAUCCAUGUGACAUACAUCAAAAAGUGGGAUAUAUGUGCUGGCAAUGCCAUCUUAAAAGCCCUUGGAGGGCAUAUGACCACUCUGAGUGGUGAAGAAAUCAGUUACACUGGGUCAGAUGGAAUUGAAGGUGGACUCCUUGCUAGUAUCAAAAUGAACCACCAGGCUCUGGUCAGAAAACUCCCAGAUCUUGAAAAGACAGGACAUCAAUAAGCAACACUGAUUACAGAGUGCAGCUACUCUUCCAGAGCUGAAAUGAUUAUGCCUGAAAUGCUGGAAGCUUCAAAGGAUUGGUGGAGACUAUGCAUGGUUAAGGCCAUCUCAAACUUUUUUAAGUAUUUAUGAAGCAUCAAAAACUUAUUUUCCCUGUAAUAGGAUGCAGAAUCAGGGAGAGUGGGUUGCUUCCUGUCUCAAGUAUUGUCUUUAUUUUUGAGACUAUUUUCGUACAGUUGUCAUACACAAGGCGCAUAUAUAUAUUUGUGAAUUAAAAUCUAUAGCUGAGUCUACAUUGUUAUGAGUCAACCAUUUUCACAAUAUCAUGAAUCUUCCCUAUUUGUUAAUACUUUCAUAUAGAAUUGGGUUGAAGGAAGGAUUGAUUUUGUGUAGAUGUUUAAUAUAACUUUACAAUUAUAUCUUACUGAAAAUACAAUAACUGGGGUCUUUUACUCCUAAUUCGGAUGGAAAGCACAAAAAGCCACACAUUCAUUAAUAUGCAACAAAUGCUCUGUUCAUCUGUUACUGAAUAUUUCUAUGAUUAAAAUAGAAAAGGCUUAAAUUGAUUUUUUUCUUUGAAAUUUUAAUAACAGGUUCACCAGCUAGUAGAAAAUAUAGAUGUAUGAUGGUUUGCAUUCUAAUCGUAAUUUUCAGUGUGUGAUUUCUUUUGUUUUUUAAUAAAGAAAAGGUGUGUGUGUGUGUGUGUGUGUGUGAACCCAUGAGUUCAACAUUUCUGCUAUCUUGCUGUUGAUUUUCAUUUUCCCUGUGGAAGAUGCAUGGUUCCAUCCUUUCUCUCCUGACUGAUAUUUAAUCUUUAACUUGUAAGGUUUGGUUUUGGGUUUCAGGAUUAGCAUUAUGAUUUUGGUGCAUUAUCUCAUUAAGGAUAAAAUGUGCUAUAAGACACUGUAAGAAUAUAAAUGAUUCUAUUAUAAUGGAAAGUUAUUUGGUAUUACAUAGAUUAAACUACUUUUCAUUAUUUUCAAGAACUUUGUUUUAGUGAGUUUUAAAAAUUUUUCCCAGGUUUAUAUAAAGGGAUUCACUAUCAAGAAUGAGUACAGUUGCUUUUGCCAUGGUUGCUUUUUCUACUAAUAAAUUAUUGUCUAACCUAACCUAACCAAACUUUCACACUAGUAACUUUUAAGAUACUCUCGUUUCCCUUCAAAUUGCAGUAAUAAAAGUUAAAGUUACCUUUUGAUGAAAUUUUUCAUCUAUUUAGGUGGCAGAAUAUGGUUGGAAAAAAAGUUGUGACAUAUUCAUUGUGUUGCCAUAACUAUCACCUCGCUUUAUGAGCAAUCUUUCAAUUGAGAUGUGUGGGUUCUCUCAGUGUGAUAUCUAGAAACUUCAUCUAAAGAGUCACUAUUAUUAUUAUUAUUUCAUUCAUGUGACUUUAAUGCUUUUAUGUUCCGUAGCACUAAUAGGGAGAGGGAUUUCUUGUGCUUGCUGCUGCUGCUGCCUUUUUUUUUUUUUUUUUUUUUAAUAACAAUAUAAUCCUAAAGAAGUUCUCUAUUUAUUUUCCUAUCUUGGAGGUAAAUUUAACCAAACAAUAUACAUUCUAACCUGGUAGAAUGUGCAUACUUUAGGUUUGCAUUGUACACUGUCCAGAGCCCUUUAAUUCCUUUUUGGUGAACUGAAUCUAGUGUGUUGUUUCCACUCAGUAUCUAUAGCUACUGGUUACAAAUCCAUUAGGUAGACUUUUGUUCAGUGAAAAUUUUUUCAAAGUUAUGGUGGUUGAAACACUUGAAUUUAAACAGGACUUCAGAAUUUUCAAAAUAAUAUGAGAAACUUCAUCUUUGUACUUCAUGUGAGUUAAGGAAAUCCUUUUUUCUCAAGAGAGAUGGCAAAGACAUAUGAUGUUCCCAGAAUCCUGUUGUAUAAGCAUUUCAUUAAUUAUGUCAGGGAAAUGACUGGCAAGUAGGAACUGGAAUUUAAUUGGGAGUUUUUUGCUUUUUGUUUUUUAACAUGUGGAAACUUCAUAAAGGAAGUAAAACUAGUUCACAUUAGUGAACAUGUUUGCUUUAGUUUUAUUUUUAAUUUCAUUAAUCUACAUAGCUAGGAUGUGAAGGAUGUGUGUUGUGUGCAAAAUUAAGGUAUUGGCUGAGAAUUAAAUACAUUAUUUUUAUAAUUUGUUGGGUGUAGUCGUUACUAAAGAUUUUUAAGUACUUUUAUAGAAAAUUCAUUUUUUAAAUUUUAUUUCUAAGAGCCAAUAUACAUUACAAGCAACAGUAUUUAUAUUUAUUUAUAUGAGGCGUUAUUAUGCCCGAACAUAUUAGUAAAUUACCUUCAUGAGUGAAGCAUACACUAUCUCCUAGAAUAACAGAAAAUCAUUUCUAAAACAUAACAAAAUAAGUAGUUUCUUUUUAGUGACUCCUACCUCUCCAAUUCCUGGUCUCUUUCCUUCAUCUUUGCCCUUAUUUUGAGGAUAAUUUUCCCUUAAGGCUGAGUUUUAAACAUCGAUCACAUCAAUAGAAGUAGUGAUGUUUGUAAUCUUUAACUGGCCCUCUUUAUCUUUACCUUAUUACCUAUCUCCCUCGCCCAUUAAUGUUCUCAUGUCUGCUCCUCUUCCUUAGCCAGUAUACUUACUCCAGUGCUCAUUCCCAAAUUCUUUUAUGUGCUCUUUUUUCUCCAGAUUGGCCGCUGAAAUCUUUGGUAAAACUGAGGCUCUGGUAAAGUUCCCAGUGAGGGAGAUAAUCCUGGUAGAGACCUAGGUGACCAUUACUUUUCAAACUGCACAGAAGGUAUAAAGGAAAAUCACAUAUGAAGCUACAGAUUUUCAUGCUGUCAAAUCUAGUUCAAUACUGAAGCCUUUACAAAGUAUUUCUUCCCACCCAUCUCUUAAUGUCAACAAAAUGUAUGAGAGAAUGGGAUAGAUAAGUCUUAAGGAAACCUGCUUUUUCUGUUGGUUACCAUGCUUGUAUUCCCCAUUUCAGUUGAUUUUAUAAGGGUGUACAAGAUGGUCGUAUUUGUCUUUAGUAUAUGAUUGUUCCCCCAAUUACAGUGUUUGUUUCUGAUUUAAAAUCAGUAAUAUGCAAGUGAAUUGUUUAGGAUAUAUAAUGAAAUAACAGCCUCAUUUUGGUUUAUGUAUGUGUUUUAAGUAACAAUUGUGCAAAUUAUUUCUGUUAGCUGGGUGCUCCCUUUGAGAAUUUUGCAAAUUGUAUCAGAGGAGGUGGAACAGAAAUAGUAGCUGAGAAUAGGUAGGAAGGGAGAUGGAAGAUAAGGGGAAGAGCAGCUGAGGGAGAUGCAGAGCAAGCAUCUGCCCUGAAUGCUACAGUCAGCAACUCUGUUCAAGUCUCAUAUGCUAAUUUCAAAAUUGAAGUUCACUCAGACUUUGAAGGUUACAGCUAUAUCUGAUAGCCCAAGCAUAAGUAAAGAAAGGUGGAGUACAUUACAGAAAAGAAAAUAAUCAACUUUUCCUCUCUUGGGUAAGAUCUUGAAAAUGAACUCCCUGAGACAAUCUGACAGGAACUGUUUUGGAUUCUUCUAGAUGCAACUGCCUAUUGUGAUUAUGUGUUGGUUGCUCCUUGAUAGAAAUGUGAUUUUUCAUUUUAGAUCUUCGUUGAAUUUAAGUUGUAUUUAAUUAUAUACCUACAGAAGUGUGUCUGAUAUAUAACUGUUGUGUAAAAUAAACCUAAUCUAUGAUUUCAUUUUUGUUCUAAAAAAGUUGUGCCUUAAUAAUAGGGCAUUGUAUGUUAAUAAGAGAAAACAAAAUCUUUUUUAGUAGAUGGGGAAAAUAGGAACUUUUUGCCAUUAAAAUUUAAGUUCUUUUAAUGUUUUUAAUAUUAGAGUUGGGGGAAAUUCAUUGAAAUUAAAUAAAAUUGAUAUAAAUUAUUUUUACAUAAUCUAGCAUUUAAAACUAAAUACAUUUUAUAAGAACUGGCAUCUUGAUGUAUAUAGGUCUGAAAUGAUAUUUCAUCUUUUGAUUUUUAAUUUAAUAAUAUAAGACCAGGGUAGAUCACAUUUUUACAGAUUUUACUUUUAAAUAAACCAUUUCCAUAUGCUAAUAUGUCUGUUCUAGUCCUCAAGAGUCAUUUUGGUUAAAAAAUAGCUAUUUGUUCAUAGUAGCUUGUCAAUCAUUCAUUAAUGUUAAAUAGUACUGUAUGUUUUAUAAUAAACACUUCCUAAGGGGGAUAGGUUUCUAAUUCCAAUCAGCCAUUACUGAGAAGGGCAAGAAGAAUCAAAUUCUAUACUUAAGAAGUAGAUUUUGGUUUUAUGAGAUGCUGGUUAUGUAAAUUGUCUGUUUUUAUCUCAUCAAAGCCUGGCAGGUAUAUGCUUUCAAAUUUACCAUUGGCAAAGCAUUUCUUUAUUUUUAAAGUUGAGUGGUGAAUUAGUUUUGUGGGAAAAUUUGUUUUCCUUUCAGUUAAUACAGACCAAACUUUUUUAAAAGUUAAGAAUCAUGAGUACACUAAAACAAUGUUAUAUAUUGUGUUUGUGAGGGUUUCCUAAAGUAUUAUAACUAACAUAAUUUGUGUAAAUUGCAAAAGCAGAAACUGUUUAAUUAAUAUGUUCCAUUAAAAUUCUUUUUGAGGUGUAAUAUACAUAGUGAAUUUUUAUUCAGGAGUAGGAAAGAAAGCAUACCAAGUCAUAAUGAGAUCAAUUAACCUACAAAAAGAUUUUCUGUUCCCAAAUUAUCUUGCCUUUGUCAUCAUUUAUGUAGUAUUAAGGAGGGAACAUUUAUGAUGGACUUAAUUUUUUUAUAUCCUUACUGUCCUCUCCUGGCAGUAGCUGAAGCCCCAUCAUUCUUUUAAGACUCAUGGAAGAACCAACCCCUCUCCUGUUCAUCAGGAUGAACAAAGCUGUCACGACUUGUUUCUUUCUUUUGACAGUGUUAACUUGAGCAAUUACAUGUAUAUAUACAGGGUUGAAUUUACACUGAAACUAUGACUGUUUCCUGUCUGUGUCCCUGCUUUUUCAAACUUUUUUUGCCAUCUUCACUUGCUAUUACUCUGUUUCUUAAAAUGAGUCAACAAUGAUGAGAAAAAAUGAAAACACUUUGCUGUUGUAUACUCCUUCCUCUUUCACACAUUUAAAGCCAUGGUGGAACUUGACCCUUUCUCAUUGUGGAGGCGUGCUGGGCCACCAGUUUUCUUAGCGUGCUCUGAUUUGCCUCGUGCCGCCAAAUUUAAGUGUGUUCCUGCUUCAACCUUUACAGGAAAUAAAACCCCUCCCACCAUGGCUUUAUAGCAGUUUUUUUGUACCUUGCCUAAAGGAACUUAUAGCAAACUUAGGGAUUGCAUUGUGAUUUUUGUUUUUACCUCAACUCCCAGACAGCCCAGUGUCUUGCACAAAUAAGGUGCUUAGUGUGUUUUGAACCAAAUUAAUAAAGGGUUACUACUAGCAUUAGCAUGUUUCAUGCCUCAGUUAUAUAAGCCAGUUGGUUGUUUUGUUUCCUUUACAAAUAUUAUGAUCACUACACACAUACACUAAAAUUAUUUUUAAAAGUUUUGCAUUUCCUCCAGAUACUAUCCCAUGGUCAGUUAACUGUAGAAAAUGUGAUUGCUUCCAAUGACAUAAUUAUCCCAAACUCUGUCCUUGGAUAUACUUUGCCAAAUGAAAUUUGAAUUCUCUGAAUAAACUGGUCAUGUCUGAAAGAA